UCUCAAGCUCAGAGCCUCAGACUCUCACCUCUCUCUACCAAGUCACUCUUAUCUCCUCUCCUUAAUAAUCUGCUCUCAUGAGUCUCGAUCAUCUCUCAACUUUAUUCAGGUUUUGUUUUUAAUGACAGAUCAACCUCAAAAUCCUAAGCCACGAAAAGUUCAGAAGAAAGUAAAUUCAUAUUUUCUGAAAAAUGAUGUUGUUAUGGGUGAUAUUCCAAGUUCGGUUGUGGAAGAACCUUCUUGUUCUGUACGAGUUGAGUCUCAUGAAAUUGAUGUUAAUCACAUUGAACGUGAUCCGGGAAAACGCCCUGCAAUCUCGUCAUAUCCUAUUAAUGAGCGUGAUGAAGUUCGAAGAAAAUAUAUACUUUAUGGUCCUUAUCAACCAAAAUUAGAAGAGUAUCCAACUCAUCUUUGUGGAGAUCAAGAUCGCAGAUUCAAUGGGAUGUGGUUUGAAAAAUAUCAUUGGCUUGAGUACUCUGAUGAGAAUGAUAAGGCAUUUUGUUUUCCAUGCUUUCUUUUUGAUAGCGAUCCUUCGAGGCAUUCUUUGUUCACUUCUUAUGGGUUUGACAAUUGGAGAAGGAUCGGUGGUGUUCAAUGUUGCUUUAAAAAACAUGUAGGGAAGACCGGCUCCCCACAUCACAAGUCUAUGCAAGAUAUGUUGGGCUUAAAACAUGUGUGUAGACAUAUUGAUAAAGUCAUGAAUCCACAACCGCCAGAAUUGAUACAGCAAAAUCGGUUGCGGCUCAAGGCUACUAUAGAGGCUGUAAGAUUGUUAGCAAAGCAAGCACUUGCAUUUAGAGGUGAUGAUGAAUCUACUGAGUCAUCUAAUCGUGGAAAUGUUGUUGAGAUAGUGGAUUCCUAUGGGAGAAUGAAUGAGGAAGUUGCAAAAGUCCCCUUAGAAAAUGCCCCUCGAAAUGCUACUUAUACUUCACCAAAGAUUCAAAAAGAAAUUCUGAGUAUUCUUGCCAAUAGAGUUAGAAGAAAAAUUCGUGAAGAGGUUGGGGAGGCUAAGUUUUGUCUGCUUGUUGAUGAAGCACUUGAUGAAUCAAAGAAGGAACAAAUGGCAAUUAUCUUGAGAUUUGUUGAUUCUCAUGGGUUUGUUUGUGAACGAUUCUUCCAUGUUGUAAGUGUUAGCGAUACUUGUGCUGCAACUCUUAAGAGUAAGAUAGACAAUGUUCUUACUGAAUACAAUCUUCAAGUUGAAAAUUUGCGUGGUCAAGGAUAUGAUGGUGCUAGCAACAUGCGUGGUGAGUGGAAUGGGUUGCAAGCACUAUUUUUGCAAAAGUGUCCAUAUGCAUACUAUGUACAUUGUUUUGCUCAUCGCCUACAACUAGCUUUAAAUGCUGCAGCUAAAGAUGUGGGUGUUGUCUAUUUAUUCUUUCAAAUGCUGACUAGUAUCAUUAAUGUUGUUGACUCAUCUGCUAAGCGUGUUUCUGAGUUAAAAUCUAUUCAACAAGUUGAAGUUGUGGAACAAAUUGCUGCUGGGGAACUUGAAACUGGAAAAGGAGCUAAUCAGACAUGCAAUUUACAAAGAGCUGGAGCUACAAGGUGGAGUUCAAGGUAUUAUUCUAUCAAGAACUUGAUGAAAUUGUAUAACUCAACUAGUUCAGUUUUGAAAAACAUGAUAGAUAAUGGACUCAAUGGAAAAAUACGUGGAGAGGCUUUAGGUGCUUCUAAAGCUCUAAGAUCAUUUGACUUUGUGUUUUGCUUAUUGUUGUUGGACAAAACUAUGGGAAUCACAAAUGCUCUUUGUAAGUCAUUGCAAGAACAGUCUCAAGAGAUCAUAAAUGCUAUGAAUCUAGUUUCUAGUACGAAGGGUCGUCUUCAAAAGUUGAGAGAAAAUGGUUGGGUUGAUUUCUUUGCUAGUGUUGUAUCGUUUUGUGACGCACAUACAAUUGAUGCUCCAGAUUUUAGUGCUCGCCAUAUGGAAGGUACGGGUCGUCUUUCUCAACAACAAAAUUGUAUCACUAUUGAGCAUUAUUAUCGUGUUGAAAUAUUCAAUGCUGUAAUUGAUUUUCAAUUGAUGGAACUAAACAGUAGAUUCAAUGAGCAAACAAGAGAACUCUUGAUUCUUACUUCUGCAUUGGAUCCUCGAUUUGAUUUUCAAUCAUUUGACAUUGACAAAAUAUGUUGUUUGGCUGAGAAAUUUUAUCCUCAUGAUGUGCCUGAUUUGAAUGAUCUAAGAGACCAGUUAGAGCAUUUUGAGUAUCAAUUCUCUGAACUUUCAGAAUUUCAAGAUUUAUGCACCCUUUCUGAGUUAUGUCAAGAAUUUGUUAACACAAGGACACCAUUCUUGUUGAUUGAGAGACUAGUUCGUCUAGUGAUGACUCUUCCUGUUUCUACGGCUACAACAGAGAGAGCAUUUUCAGCCAUGAAGCUCAUUAAGAACCGACUUCGAAGCAAGAUGAGUGAUGAUUUUCUUGCAGAUUUAAUGACAGUGCAUAUUGAGAGAGAAAUUGUUGAUACUAUUGAUUCAAAUUCGGUUAUAGAUGAGUUUUAUGCUUCAGGUAACCGAAGAGCACAACUUAAGUAGUUGAAUUUGUAUUGACAUUGAAUAUUUAACUUUGAAUUGUUUCAAUUUUCUAUUGUUAGAUUUGGGUGACAAAAUGCAUCUUGUGGAUCAUAUUUUGACAAGUGUUAUGCAAUUGAGAUAUUCCAUCAAAACAUAGUAAACUCUGUCAAAUUUUUAAGAAUAAUUUUUCUUGCCAGCAUAAGGUAAAUUUAGCACACCUCAAAUUUAAUUCCUGGUUCCGUGCCUGCCCAUGAUCAAUUGCAAGAUGGAUGCGUCUAGGGCUUCUCGAAAAUUGAAGGUGGGAGAUUAUAUGAUGGGUAAUCUCUCUCCCGAAAUUUUUCGCACCAACAGUUGGCGCCAUCUGUGGGAAAGGAACAAAAAGCCGUGAGAUUAUAAUGGGGAAGCCACGGACGCAACCAUCAACGCUACGGCAAGAAUGAAUUCAUUCUCAUCGAUAAAUAAUUUCUCACCCUCUUCUCUUUAAUUAAUUGAUCUUCUAGUAUAUCUGCUUUCUAAGGUAUAAUUUAAUUGUUACAAAUCAUAGUAAAUAACCCAAGUUGCAGGAGGUAUGGCUCACAGACGUGUAAAGGAAAACGAUACAGGAAUAAAGCAUAUGGACGAGGACGUCAUCCCGCGGCACAAGCAGGAAUGAGGCCGCCAUCCCCGUGGCUGCUACACCGACACCAACAAGGCACGACGAUCACGGGACAACAAACUUCUUACGUAGCAAGGGUACCCUACAACGCAUCGGCUGAAACUUAUAUGUUAACUCUGCAGAAACCUUGAGGGAAAUGACUAAACUUUUUCUUGCAUUCUUGCAUUUCAUAGCUUGUUCUGUUGCAAGUUUUUGAUAAGAAUAUGUCUAACCGAGGUUUUGGGCUCUAACAAGGAAGUGCAGCAGGUGCAAAACAGAAAAUUUAUCUGAAUAAGUUACUGGGCAGUAAACUUUCCUCAAACAAGUGAGCCUGUACCAUGGGGAUGUUACAUGUGCUGGUGCUUUUGAGAUUAGAUGACAAAAUCUCAACGGCCAAAAGAAAAUACUGCAAAGAAUUAGAUUGUCUGUCGAAUUCUGCAAACCAAAGCUAAUGGAAUACUGAUGCCGGAGGGAUUGGGGGCAUUUUCCCUUAGAGUAGAAGCUUUAUAAUGAAUAGAUAAUGAUCGAGAGACAUCGUAUUGACAGUAAUGCAUGUAAUCUUGCAACCUAUAUAUAACUGGUAACCCAUUGAUCGAUUUGUUUUAAUGGUUAACUGGUAAGAGGUACGUAUGGGUUACUUUUCAUUUUGAUUCAUGAAAGGUUCUAUUGAUAGCUAAUAAGGCAGUUAGCUUGAUAGAAUUGGUUCAUGCAUGAUCUGCAUUAAAAAAACUAAAGCUUUUGAAUUGUUGGUAUCAUGGUAUGCAAGGCUUUUAUUGGCUAUUUGAUAUGCAUUAUUUGUCAACAUGAUUAUGGUGACCAUGUUCUUGUAUUCCACAGCAUAGAAAUCCAAGUUCAUUUCAUUAAUUAAGAAAAAAUGCGAUUGCGCGGUAAUAUAAACCUCUCAAGUUGGAAACUGAGAAUGUUAGAUACAUACUCUCUGUUCCUUGUGCUUUGUCUCGAAGGUUUCCUUGUUGUUGACAUAUUUUGUUAUGGGCGUGAGAGUUAAACUAAUAUUAGAUUCCUGGUAGCCUUUAUCUGAUAUGGUUAUAAUUGCAUGAUCAUAGCUGGAUUAGUCGGAUCGUUCCUUUGCUAUGUGAUGUGAGUUAUUUCAUGUAGUCAUUGUAGUGCAUAUAUUGGCUGAAAGGAGACUGUUUAGUUAUCCUGGUUUCCUGUUGUUGAUUUACAUUUUCUGUUACAACUUUUCUGUUAUUUUUCUGGAUUUCUUAUCCGACCAGACAAGUAUGAGUUUAUGUUUGUUAGACUGACCCAAAGUCAAUUAUGGAAUAAUGAGAUUUAUAACUUCAAAUGGCAAUCAUAUAUGCUUCUUAGACUUGAAAUAUCACUUUUCUCAGUGAAUGAACUAGAGCUCUUUGCUUAUUCUAUGGUGGAUGUCACAGGACCUCUUAUAUGCUUCUCAUUGAUUAAUUGGUUUAAAGGUUCUGUCCAAAUCAAUGCUUAUAUUUUUAAUCUGGAGCGAGUAUUUACAAAAUUUGUGCUGUUAUUGAUUAUUUAUGCCAUGCUAAAAGACAUAUAUAUGACAUUAUGUAAUGAAAUCUAUUUGGUCUAGUGCUGUCAUCUCGUUUUUCAACUGCUCUCCACUCGAUGGUGUUUAAUCAGGACCGGGCAACAUCGUUUCAAUGGAGUUGUAGCCAAACUCAAAGCAAGGCAUUUAAUGGGGUUGAAUGAGAGGAGGAAAAACUUGUUUAUACAAUGAGGUGAAAAUCACUUGAGAUAAGAUUUAUUGCAUUAUAUAAAGCUUGUCAUAAAUAUCUUGUUAUUGCAUAUGUUCGCUAACAUGAUUUUCAGUUUUGUGCCCUCUUCGGAGGCGGCAUACCGAGAGUCUCCGAACUUUAAAUGUGUUGUCCUCGGGACAUUAAAGCAGAGACAGUCUCCGGACUUUAAAUGGGUUGUCCCCGGGACGUUAAAGAGAUAUUCUCCAGACUUUAAAUGGGUUGUGGGUUGUCUUCGUGACGUUAAACAGUGAGUUCCCGAGACUUAAAUGGUGUGUCCCUGUGACAUUAAACAGUGCCUUUAAAGGUGCCCAAUACUCUCUCGAGAUGCAAAUAAGAGGUUUGAAUUCUCACUUGUUAUCUUAACUUUAUCAUAAUAUUCUUGUAUAUGUUCGAUAAGUCUUGUUUAAUUUUUUACUUGAGACAUGAAAUUGGUGUUGCUAUUUCUUUACUCUUAUGGACUAACAAUUAAUUUCUAUUUGCAUUUCAUAAUUGAUCGUUUUUCCUUCCCGCACUCCGAGCUUGUAAGGAAAGGAAAAACGGGGCAUUGUGGGGGUGUAAAAUUUUGGCUUUGGGCUCUCACCCAUUAAACCAAGCCCACUGAUCAAAGCCCAAAAAUGACUAACAACUUACUAAAUUGAAAGACAGUCAAAGAUGAUCGGGUAGUGGAGAACGUGCAAACACUACUCCUCCCACUACCAACGUGGAGUGAAUGCCAAGAACCAUGAAGGAAGGAUCAAGGAAUCAAUGACUAUAAAUUGACAAGCUUAUGGAGAAAAGAGGAAAAAGAGAUGGAGAACGAAUGGUAAGAAAUAUCAAUCCAAUUUCUUUUUAUAAUCUUCUCAAAUUGAUAUUUACUUGGGCGUCGGAGUAUUUUUCUGUUUUGCAGGUUCCUUCUCCCCAUGAUCAAUUGCAAGAUGGAUGCGUCUAGGGCUUCUCGAAGAUUGAAGGUGGGAGAUUAUAUGUUGGGUAAUCUCUCUCCCGAAAUUUUUCGCACCAACAGAAAGCCGGCCUAUCAAUUGAGUAACCAUACCGCGGAAGCAGAUGAGGACUUAAUAUGAUCCAAGAUACUGCAGAUCUUUAAGUAUCUAGGGGCAUUCCACUGCCCCCGCAUUUGUGAAGAACACUUGAGCAGCCGCGUUUAUAAGGGUUCGUAGGAGGUGGCAUACCGUUGUUUUUGAGAAAAUGACAACCGAGAAGUGGUCUUCCACCUUUUCUGCAUGGAUUAAUGACUCUACCCGGAGAAAAAUGUCUUCCGGCUGCUGCGACACCUUGGUUCAACAUCACCAAGCUAAUGAAGAACAAGCAGAUGAUCAGUGACUUCAUGUUUGGAACUCCCAUGUUUUUGUUUGGCUCAGAUAGCUGUUGUCGAUCUCUUGUUCUCUGUUGUUUUGUUUGUUGCUUCCCUCUCUCAGCCCAUGUUGUAUGAUCGAACACCGAUAUUUCUACUAUACAUGCGUGUAUAGCAUAUACGAUGAUCCAACGGUGUAAGAGCCCCUACAAUCAACAA